CUUCUAGUCGUACGAAUUGCGAUUUACGAAAAACACUCAUAUUCCAUAGUCUUAUAGCUUUACAUUUUACAGUUUACUGCUUUAUUCGUCACCCGUCUAACACUAAUGUCAAAUUAAUUUAUUCCGUGGUCUAACUGCUAGUAUAAUAAUAUCUAGUAUCAAGUGUUAUUACUUCUUAUGUUAAUCGUAAUUCUUAAAUCUAUGCUUAAUAACUAAAUUAUCACCUAAUAUAUUAUAUAAAUAAAUUUUUAGGUAUAAACAGAAAAUUCUGUGUUACCUAUUACUUAUAAUUAUUGUUCUGUUCACAGUUAUUGGAAAUAUAUCUCAAGUCUGGGGAGUAGGUACCAAAAAUAUCUGUUGUUUUAGAAGUCAUCAAGGUUAAACGUACAAUCAAAUUUUAAUGGAUCCAUCAGUUUUAACAACAUUAAAAAUUUUAUUAAUUGGGCAAAGUGGAGUUGGAAAAUCAUGUUUGUUAUGCAGAUUUACAGAUGAUACAUUUAAUGUGGACAAUGCAGUCACUAUUGGUGUAGAUUUUAAAAUGAGAAAAAUAACUGUAGAUAAUAAUAAUAUUAAGCUAGCUUUAUGGGACACAGCUGGACAAGAAAGGUUUCGUACACUCACUCCAAAUUAUUACCGUGACGGUCAAGGUGCUGUACUUGUUUAUGAUGUUUCAAACCGAGAUUCAUUUACAUGUUUAGAAACAUGGAUUAAUGAACUUAAUAGAUACUCUACCAAAACUAAUAUUAUUAAAAUGGUUGUAGGUAACAAAAUUGAUAGGGAAAGACAAGUUACUCGAGAAGAAGGUAUUGCUUUUGCUCGUCGCCAUCAAACAUUAUUUAUUGAAACUAGUGCUAAAACCAAAGAAGGCGUUUAUAUGGCUUUUGAAGAAUUAGUUAGAAAAAUAAUAAAUACACCAAGCUUAUGGGAAAAGCUUGACGAUGCCAAUGUGGUUCGGUGUAAUGAUGAUCAUUCAGUAUCGGAGCAAAAAUAUUGUUAUUGUUGACUAUUUAAUCAUUAAAAUAUUUAUGUAAGGUUA